CCCCGCUACACAUGAUAUAGCUCCCCGGCACUAGUGGGGCCACCUCGACCAUGCUUAACAUGUCUGCGGCGACAACAUGAAAGAGUGGAAAGACAUCUACAAAAGUGACACAGUUGAAACCUCAUUAUUUAGGCGCAGUCGUGGUGGACGCAGGGGUGGCAUUGCAGCGGGCACUGGCGGCCGCCGUGGACGCAGCGAAGCGCAGCUAAGUGUAGGUGGUCAUUACACCGUCCACGAUCAUAAUGGUGUUGUAGAACAGGACGACGAGGAAGGAGCAGCCUACGUUCAACAUGCGGCGCCUCACACGCUCCCCGACGUUGAUAGCGACACCCUCAGCUCAGACCCCGCAGACAGCUCAGACGACGAUGGUGAGGGGGCCGGAGGCGCUGAGCCGAGGGGGCAGGAGACAAAAUAUCCGCUGCCAUACGAUAGCAGCGCUGUCGUGGAAGACUUCUUCCGCAGCGUCACAGCGGCUGAUAAGGUGUGCAGCGAACUGCGCACCGCGACCCAGAAGGUGCUGCAGUGCAGUGCGGACUUCGAGGCUGCCAGCACGGCGUGCCCUGUGUGUGGCAAGCCCGGAGAUCCCAAGGGCAUGCCCCCUUUCAAAGUCACAGUAGUGACCUGGGACCAGCCCGUGAGCAUUGAUGUGCCACACGUGACCUGCAGCAGCUGCAUGCGUGGGUACACCCUGCGGCCCACUGUGCUCGGCUGCCUGCCCGAUACCAUUGUAUCGUGGGAUUUGCUUCGGCAACGUGACGGCAAUGUCAUCCUCUGGUGGCAGACCAGCCUUCUACAGCAGUUCACCAGCCUACAAUACUACAACGGGCACCUGGGCAUGGACCGCUUUUGUGCGGCUCUCAUGGCCAACUGGCAGGAGAACGGCUGUGAUAGCCAGGGGCUUACGCUGACGCAGCUGAGGCAGCGCCUUAGUUCUACAUCGCAGCGGUACCGAUUUCUGCGCGGGCUAGUGGAGGACCUGCCGGAACAGCUUCCGGGCUGGCCCGCAGGAGCCCUCAACGCAUGCGCCUGCUGCGGUGAUGCCGAGGGUUGGCAUGGUACUGGCGCGGGCAGCAGCAGCGGCGGCGGCGGCGGCGGUGCUGCCGGUGGCGCGACCACGGCCGCAGCGCCCCUGGCGGAUCUGGCGCACAGGGCCCGGGGGCAGGAUGGGCCGGUGGCUGAGGCGGCGGCGCCAGACGCACCGAGCGCAGGUGCCGGCAUGGGCAGCAGCAGCGGCGGCGGCGGCGGCGGUGCUGCUGGCGAUGCGACCACGGCCGCCGCGCCUCUGGCGGAUCUGGCGCACAGGGCCCGGGGGCAGGACGGGCCGGUGGCUAAGGCGGCGGCGCCAGGCGCGCCCAGCGCAGGCGCCGGCAUGGGCAGCAGCAGCGGCGGCGGCGGCGGCGGUGCUGCCGGUGGCGCGACCACGGCCGCAGCGCCCCUGGCGGAUCUGGCGCACAGGGCCCGGGGGCAGGAUGGGCCGGUGGCUGAGGCGGCGGCGCCAGACGCACCGAGCGCAGGUGCCGGCAUGGGCAGCAGCAGCGGCGGCGGCGGCGGCGGUGCUGCUGGCGAUGCGACCACGGCCGCCGCGCCUCUGGCGGAUCUGGCGCACAGGGCCCGGGGGCAGGAUGGGCCGGUGGCUAAGGCGGCGGCGCCAGGCGCGCCCAGCGCAGGCGCCGGCAUGGGCAGCAGCAGCGGCGGCGGCGGCGGCGGUGCUGCCGGCGAUGCGACCACGGCCGCCGCGCCUCUGGCGGAUCUGGCGCACAGGGCCCGGGGGCAGGAUGGGCCGGUGGCUGAGGCGGCGGCGCCAGGCGCGCCGAGCGCAGGCGCCGGCAUGGGCAGCAGCAGCGGCGGCGGCGGCGGCGGUGCUGCCGGCGAUGCGACCACGGCCGCCGCGCCUCUGGCGGAUCUGGCGCACAGGGCCCGGGGGCAGGAUGGGCCGGUGGCUGAGGCGGCGGCGCCAGGCGCGCCGAGCGCAGGCGCCGGCAUGGGCAGCAGCAGCGGCGGCGGCGGCGGCGGUGCUGCCGGCAGCGGCGGCGCGAGCCCUUCACUUGGGUUCGCGUGGCGGCCAAUGCUGGCGGCCGCUGAGCCGGCUGGUCGAGGCCCUCCUAUCUUUCAUACUGGCGCGUUCGAUUGCAACUUCAAGCUAAGCCUGUUUAAGAAGAAGGGACUCACCCACAAGUACGGCCUCGACUACCGCCAACUGUCGCGCCGGCGGUACACCCUGGGCAAUGCAUACGUGAGGGGCUUUGAGCCGCCCAAGGGGUCUGCGGACGUAGGUCGCAAUGCGGACUGCUCCAGCUUCACCGCGGACAAGGUGCUGGCCAAGGAGGAGGCCGGGAAGCUUGUGACUGCAGCUGGCGUGGUCCUGUGUCGGCAUGGUAUGCUACUUCGCCUCGUCAACCUCUUUCACGGGGAACGUCACAUGUACGCGACGGCGGCGGCGGCGUCCAUCCUGGCUGCGGGAACCGCUGUGCAGUUCUGGUGGUACGAUAUUGCCUGCCGCUGGAGCAAGUCGUGGCAGAAGUGGCACCAAGCUCUGGACCCGUCAACGGCGUGGCUGGGCGUCGCAGCGGCCAUGGUCAGCCUCGUGCCGCCGUUCCACAGCUAUGCCCACAGCUACGAGUGCCAGAAGACUUUCGGGCACCAAGGGCAAACGGGGGCAGGGCGGGGCACAGGAGAGAUCGUCGAAAUCUUCAACUCGCAGGUCGGGAAGCAGGGCAAGGUGCUGCGUUACACGUCGCCUGCGCACCGUGAGAGUGUUCUGGAGGAUGUGGGGCGCCGCUACUGCCGCCAGGUCGAGCUUGGCCUGCCCGCUCGGGUUUACCGCAUGCGGUUGCGGGCCCAGGCAGCACAUGAUGCAGCGCAGGAUCGGAUUGAGACUCUGGAGGCCACGCUGACGCCGCAACAGGUCGAGAUGGCAUGUGCCGGGCAUGCCGCUCAGCGCUCCCAGCAGCGGCAUGACCAGCCCAAACGACACGCCAACGCGGAUGCAGUGGCAGGCGAGCCAGGGUGGAAGGCAGUGUAUGCCCGCUGCCGCCUGGCGCUGAUGAAGCUGCAGCGUCUGGACACGGUAGACAACCCGGCCGACCCCGUGCCUCUCAGCGUUCUGGUUGCCGGAGGUGACAAUCUGACGCUCCGACAGCGGCCUGCACUCAUCAAGCAGCUGGAGGAAGAGAAGAAGAAGCUGGAGCAGGAGCAUGCGGCGGCUGCUCCGCCACCACGCGAGUGGGAGGCGGACUCUGCUGCAUUCAAGGAGGCUGUCAGUGACCUGGCCGAGAGCGAGAUCAAGAAGAUCACCAGUGAAAUCGAGGGCCUGGUGCUGGACUACAACAGCCUGAAGGUCAUAACGGAGAAGCUGGCGGGGAGGAAGAAGGAGCAGAGGUAUGCCAUCAAGGAGAAGCAGCGCGUGAAGGGGCAGCUUAGACAGCAGUGGGGCCGCUUGGCUGCCUGGUGCCGUGUGGACGCUGCAGGGCAGCAGGGACGGGAGGAGAAGGCACGCAACAAAAAGAUCUUGGAAGGGGGCUUGGCGGCGGUGCUUCGGGGGACGUUUCCAUGGGCCAGCGAUUCUGGGGCUGGAUCCAGCGGAGGGCGAGCAGUCGCUAGCCUUGUGCGCAGCUACAACCAGCGUGCUAGGGCGAAGGAGGAGCUGCGCUUGAUUGAGGCAGAGGUUGAGCGGGGCUGCGCCUACUACGAGCGCCGUGUGAGGAUUCUGAAAGCGGCGCAGGAAACAAGUGCGCCAGGCUUGGGGCUGCUGCUUAAGCCUCACCUUUCCCGCUGCGAGUUGAUGCUGAAAUCAUUUCAGGGACUGCAGCGCGGAGAUGUGCCGGACGACACUAGCCUUUCUGUGGAUACCGAGUAGGGUAGGCAUGCUGUUGUGCGCCGGCUGGCUUUGGUCGAGGUCGGCCGAUGGUGCUGUAAGUCGCAGAAUAGCAUUGAACAAGCAUACAAGUAAUGUUGGCAAGGCCGGCGGGGCCAGGCGGAGUAUUUGAGUUGGGCGGGUGUGCUCAGACAUGUCCGCUAGGGCGGGGGUUCGGGCGUGUCCCAGCCGGCACCCGGUUUGGUCGAGGUCGGCCGAUGGUGCUGUAAAUCGCAGAAUAGCAUUGAACAAGCAUACAAGUAAUGUUGGCAAGGCCGGCGGGGCCAGGCGGAGUAUUUGAGUUGGGCGGGUGUGCUCAGACAUGUCCGCUAGGGCGGGGUUGUGGCGGGUCGAGCUAUGGGCGGCUCCCCAGGGACCUUUUUGCACCGGGCUGGGGAGGGCAGAAAAGACCGAAAGCUCUAGGGGCUGGGGACCUAGGCAUCUCCCCAGGAACAAUUUGUAAUCAACCGCGAUG